AUGCGAGUCGGGGCAUUGCUUCUCUUUUGCUUGGCAUGCUUAGCCUUCACGGCCCAAGCUGCGCCUGCCUCGGCCAAAGAUGAAUUGUUAGCCCAAAAGCUCAGACAGCGUGAUGGCGGCGACAAAAAGAAUAGCUCGAACGGCGAGCACGGUCGUCAUCAUCAAGAAGCGCGCCAACCAAAGAAACAUCGUCGCUCAGAAGGCGUCGUUGACCGCUUACAUGCUCGCGAACUGACACCCGGAGAAGCACAAAAAGUCGGAGAUACUGUGUCGAAACUCGUACCACAAGAAGAUCUACUGAACGACCUACAGACCAAGGUGACCGGAAUCGAGAACGCACGUCGCGAAGCGGAAAGACAGAAGCAGCACACUAUGCAAGUCGAGGAUUCGAUCCACAUGGCUAAAUACGGUAAGGCUCCUCCCAAGUUCCCAUCUAUCACGAGAGCAGCAAGUGCCAUUGGCCUCUCUGCUGCUGUCCUGAACGUGGUCAACUUUAUCUUCUCAACCAAGACGACUCUGCAAGCGACCUAUCAGUUCUCGGCGCCACCUACACCGCCUACGCUCAUAGAUACGGCGGCACGAUGGGAUGGCUCGCAGUACACGCUGAUGUCCUUGCCCACGGACAAGCCGGAUGAAAGUCAGUCCCACAAAUCGAAGCGACAGGUGGAGAAGGCUCAGCUCACGCGCCUGCAAAAGCGCCAUCUGUCUAACGGUGCUGUUGCUGAGUCUGAUGUACAGAGGCGGUUCGUCAGAAGCCGACAGCUGCCGCCUGCCGACCCGUCUGGCCAGCUUAAGGAGAGCGUUCAAAAAUUAAAGCUAUCCAAGCGACAAUACAUCUCGAGUGUAGUCGGAGCUGGCCUUGGGGCUUUGCUUUCUCCAGGCUUUACAUCGACAGUGAUGGGAAAGAAGAAGGAAGAUAUGGAUACUCCUCCGUUCAAUCCAUACGAUCCGAACAUACUCAAACCAAAGGAUGCCUUCAGUGCCGCAGCUGCGACGCCUGGUCAGACUUUGCCGGUACUUGCCUCAUCAAACCCAGAUUACAGCUCGGCUCUUUCAACGCCUCCGAAUGUAGACGGUAUAAAGUUCCCUGUCGACGUGUACGACACUGAAGGCGCCUCGCAAUCGCAGGCUCAAAAUUUGGUGUAUCCUUUGUCGAGCCAGUCUCAAUCCGUUCUUCGCAAAAGAGAAGUAAACGGAGAUCGAGAUCGAAUUGAUGCCCGAGCUUCUUCUCAGCUGGACAAGCGCUUCUUGUUCACCGGUGGGCCUUGGUCGAAACUUGCAGGCGCUAUCACUGUGGGUAGUGUGGUUCCGUUGAUCUACGGAGGCGUGACGCAUGCCAGAUGGCGACAGUACAAUCCGCGAGACCGAGACAUUCUCAAGGACAUCGAUGACAGACCGACGUACGGCGCUGUUGGCGUGCCGGACCGUCAACCAGGGCAGCUCGCGACCAACGCCAUGCCAGGCUAUUCCAACUACGUCACACAGCUCCAACAAGAGCAGGCUCUGCAGCAAGCGAGGGCUCAGACUGCAGCUCGCGAACAAGGCCAGGCGUCCUCUCCGGACGAGCUCUCUCAAUCUUCUACUUCUGCUGCUAGUGGUGUUACUGCUCCCGAUGGUGCGGCCAGCGGUCAGAGCGGUGUUCCCGUCCUCAAACGCCGCGCUGCUGAUAGUCUGGAGAAGCGAGGCGGUUUGCUCGCUUCUGGUGCCCUGGUGGUCGUGGGUGGUUUGUUGGGUUAUGCUCAGUCUGCGACCCAAUUCCCCACAGAUCGAGACGAGGAAAAGGACGAAAAGAAGCGAGAAGCCAAGAAGAAGCAACAGGAACUGAUGGCGCAGCAGCAGCAGCAGCAGCAGCAGGCAACGCAGAUGCAAGGCGGUGCGGGCGCGCUUGCUGCAGACCCCACUGGUGGAGCCAGUGGUGGUUCGCAGACGGAUCCUCUUGCCGGAAUCCCGGUCAAGCCGCUUCCUGGUAGCGAUGUUAGUGCCGCUUACGAUUCUUCGGGAGGAGGCUAUUUGGCAGCUUCCGGAGACGGUGGAGCUUCUGGCUUCUCUCCCCCUACCUACGGCUCCGGCGGCGCCUCAUCGGGAGGCAUAUCAUCGCUGGGAGAUUCGCUCAAUGCUGCCGCUGGUUACCAGGCACCGGCAAGUGGCGGGGGCGGGGGCGGCGGCAGUGGAGGGAGCGUGCUCAAAAAGCGAGAUGCCUCUGCUGACGGCAACACUGCUCAUACGGCUUCCGACCAUCAAGUCGAGUCUCGGUCGCUAUCAAAGCGUACUCCAGGAUUCGGCACCGCACUGACAAUCGGAGGUACAGCCAUGUUUGUCGGAACUCUGGCAGGCAACAUAUUUGUCGGCGAAAAGCAGAAGAACAAGCCAGUACCUCUGGUCACCCCUAACGCCAACACUCGGGGGCCGAUGAUCCCGGGCGGCGAGCUGUACACGUCCUACCUUGAAGCUCAGAGGGGUCAGACGGGUACCGGUGCCGGCUCAUACAGCCCGAUGAGCGGUGUUGGGACUGGCUUAGCGACGGGUGCUCCGGCGAGCAUAAAUUAUGGCGCCGCUGCGAUGUCUUCUGCUGGCGGUGGCAUGCCGUCCAGUGCUGGGGUCUCAACGCUGAGCACUAGUGGUGAUGGCACUCCUGGUGAUACUUCCGCCGGUACUGCUAAUGGUGAUACCAGUGGUUUAGCGGGCGCGGCAGAUCCUGUCCUCAAGAAGCGAUCCAUGUUGCGAAAGCGAGUGCCAUUGGGGUUUGCGGGUGCAGCUGUAGCCGCUGAGACAGAAGCGGUUGCUUUAGCGAGAGCUGGUGCUGGAGCCGCUUCUGUGCUCGGCAGAGGUGCUGCAGUAUCCGGAGCUGAGGCUGGAACCGCAGCACUCGCUAGAGGUGCUACUGUGUCAGGUGCUGAUGUUGGAACUGCAUCGCUCGCCAGAGGCGCUGGUCUCUCUGAGAGUGGCACGGCUCGUGCAGCAUUUGCUGGCCGAGGUGGUGGUCUUGGAGGAGAAGCUGCCAGUUUGUCCCGAGGCGAAGCUGGUUUGGCAUCGGAAGGGGGAGCAGGAAUGCUCGGACGUGGCACUUGGAUGGGUAGGGGGGGUUCAGCAGCGUCUCUGUAUCGUACUGAUGCUGCUAUGGGCUCUGCGAGACCGGCUAUGGUGUCAGACAUGCCUGCUGUUACACCAGGUACAGCGGGCUCACCGGCUACGAUCCAAGGCGCCAUGUCUGCCGAAGCUGGCGCUGGGAAGGAAGCAGCCAAGGGAGGUAUGAGUUUCAAGAAAGUUGCCGCCAUCGUUGGUGGUGGUGCUGCUGCUACCAUGACAUUUAACGGUAUCGGUUAA